AUGAAGUUAUUGACGAUACGACCUAAGAUGAGAGGAGAUGAUCACGCAUGCUACCCCAACAAGGCAAUAGAUGCCGAGGAUGGUGAUGGAAAUGAAGAUGAGGAUGAAGACGAGGACAAAGAUGGAGAAGGUGAGAAAGACUUAUCUUCCAAAGAUGGAAACCCCGUCAGUAACAAGAACGAUGAUAAAAAAGGUCCAGACCAAGAAACAAAUGACGAGGAUGAUGAUCAAGAAGAGGAUGCAGAUGAUGACAAAGAUGACGAUGAGGACGACGAGGAUGAUGAUCAAGAAGAGGAUGAUGAUGAAGAGGAGGAGGAAGAAGUCGUAGAAGAUGAUGACGAAGACGAAGAUGAGGAAGAAACUCUCCAACCCCCAAAGAAGAGGAAGAAGUAA